CAUCUACGAGUCCGGGGAGACCACCGACGUAUCGCACCUGCUGGAGAGGAUGGCCUUCAAGGACACCAAGCACCGGAGCCACCUCAACUUAGUGACCGAGCUCGAGCUUGCCGGGGGCAACGUCGGCGCCUCAGCCUCCAGGGAGCAGAUGGUCUACAGCUAUGACACGCUCAAGGGAUACAUGCCAGAGGCUCUCGAGAUCCUCAUCGACUGCAUGCGCAACCCGCUCUUCCUCCAGGAAGAAGUCGAACUGCAGUUGGUUCUUGCUCGAGAAGAAGUAAAGGAGCUACAAAAGAACCCUGAGAAGUUUCUUCAUGAACAGCUUAACCUUGUUGGGCUUUCGGGUGCUCUUGCAAAUCCGCUAAUAGCUCCUGAGGAUGCCCUUGCUAGAAUCAAUGAAAAAAUUAUUCAAAAGUUCUAUCAUGAAAAUUUUACUGCUGAUCGCGUGGUUCUAGCAGCAUCAGGUGUUGAUCACGAACACUUGCUAGGCUAUGUAGAUUUGUUGUUGAAAGAUUGGCACAAGGGGACCCCAAUGGAAAAGCCAAAGUCUACAUAUGUUGGUGGAGAUUCCAGACACAGAGCAGAUUUAGAUAUGACACAUGUUGCAUUAGCUUUUGAAGUGCCAGGGGGCUGGCUUCAAGAGAGAGACGCUACAAUUAUGAAUGUCAUACAGACUUUAAUGGGUGGUGGUGGUUCAUUCUCAUCUGGCGGUCCUGGAAAAGGAAUGCAUUCACGACUUUAUCGACGUGUCCUAAAUAAAUAUCACUUGGUUGAUUCUUUUUCUGCAUUUAGCAAUGUAUAUGACAGCAGUGGCCUCUUUGGUAUCUACUUGACCACGGGGCCUUACACAACAAAAUUGGAUGAUAAAUUGUGGAACAACACUAUUAAAGCUCUCUGCAAUGCAGAUAAGAUGUUUCCCUUCCAGAAACAUUUCUUAGAUCACUAAGAAGACAUCUAAUAGAUAUUGGAGGAAGACAGCUGCACAGAGGACUAUCCUGGCCUUCUUUGCAGGGCAGAUACAUGGUCGAGUUCCACCUGUACUUCUCAAGUAUUGGGGAGACAAAGAUGUUGAUAUGAGAAUAUAUAAGUAGGCUGAAACACUUUAUUAUAUUAUAUAAUACCAUAAAGCUUGUCAAAGGAAGAUUAUAGUUACUAUAAACAAUUGAUGAGUGGUUGUAUGCAUAUAUCGUCUCAUACUUGAAGGUGAUCAAGUUGUUUACUUUAGUGCUCGUGCAUGUACUGAAUGAAACUAGAACAACUAUUGAGUUGUUUCACCUUUUAGAUGAUUGUGUGUGUAUGUCGUUCCACUUUUUAUUCAUUUGCGAUCCAAUUUGGUGUAUGUACGGAUUGAAUUUGAUAUGUCUGUUAAUAAAAUACUAAUGUUUUACAAUCCCGUUUAAUACACCCCUUGUAUUUUCUUCCGGAUUCCAAUGUGUUUAGUAUUUUUAUGAUAAUUAUGGGAUAUGCUACCAUUUUGCAUCUGUUCGUUAUACAUACUAUAUGUUUUUUGUAUGGUACACUUACGUUUGUCCCUAUUUUAUUCUUUCAUCCGUUUUUUUCAUGCUUCUCUAGAUGUACCAUUGAACAAACAGACAACUAACCAUAAGAACACUAACAUUUAGUCGAAUAUUUUGUAUGUCAUUGGUCCGUUGCAAACGCACGGGGUAUCUAACUAGUUAUUUUUAUAAUUAGGCGCCGCCGGCUGCCCCCUCGCCUCGCGUGCUCGAUUCCCAUCUCCCCCUCCCUGCGCACACCCGCACACCACCAACACCAGACGCCGCCGCCCCUCAUCGCUGUCCCGUCCCGCGCGCGGCCGCCGCAUCCGUCCGGGCCUCCUCGUCUCCCCAGCCCCGCUGCCGCCG